UAACUUUUCGUAUUAAAAAAAAUAUUAUGAAGUUAUAAGAAACUUGCCGCAGAUUCUCGUCGAAAGGUUAGUUCAAUGACAAAUAUGGCGACCUCCAGUGAUUUGACUAUCACGUGCGAUGAGUUUCUCUUGUUUCAGGAAUCCCUCAAGAAGCUGCGUCUUAUUGAUGACAGGAUUAUCCAUGCUUUAAAUACUACAGUGCCUACAAUUACAUUUGAAAAAGAUACUAAUGCAACAAAUCAGUGUAAAGUAUUAUAUGAAAAUUUAAUACAAGCUCAUGAUGACAGGAAAUCUUCCAUUCACAACUGCAUCAAGGUGAUCUCGGAUAAUGUGAAUAUUUUAAAGGACCAGCGUUCAAAUAAUCCAGAUAAUUUAAAUAUAUUAAAAGAACUUAGAAGAGUACAAACAAAUCUUCGUCUGUUGCAAAGUGAAUUGACUGUUGAAGAAGUAGUAAGAGACAGAAGUUUAAAGGUUUUUUAUGAAAGAUGUCGAAUUGCUUACAAACCACCAAAGCAUCUCACAUGAUAGUUCCUGUUGUUCUUUAUAUUAUACUUAGAAUUAGAUUCUGUGUAUGAUUACAUUGGUGUGCAUUUUGAGAACUUUUUUUCAUGGAAGUGUAUCCACCUAGUAAAAUUCAAUAUGCUUUCUUUCAAUUUUUUUAUUUUUGGAUUUUGUUCUUAUCGUUAUUAGAUUUUUUAAAAAUAAAAGUAGUUAUAAAAAUAUUUUUUCAACAGAAAGGAAAAACAAUAAAAAUUUAAUUUUUUUACAGACAUAUCUUUGAUUUUCAUACAUAUUCUUCAUGUGGGUCAUCUUGAUUCAAACAUUAUACAAGUAUAAUUUACCAUCAUACUAAUGUUACACUGGCUUUAAUAUUGUUCUUCUGUUAACAUAAUGUCUUUGUUGAAAAUGUUUACCUUGUUCUUCACUAUGUAUAUUUGAAACCGUUUUCUGGGAAAAAACCCAAGAGAAUGUGAAAGGUGAUAUUUUAUUCUUAUUUUACAUCUGAGCUACUAAAAGGUGUUUAUCCUA